UCUCAGACGAUGGGUACAUGUCCAAUUUACGAGGUCCCCAGCUUGGAGAUUGGUGCGACGAAACAGAUGACUGUGCCGAUGAAGACAGCAAACUGGAAUGCAGAAACCAACAGUGCGUGUGCCGUGACGGUUUCGAGUACAGCGAUGGAUUCUGCAAAAGGAGUGCAGGUGCAGCGCCCCCAGAGCCGCCUACCCUGGGCAACUGGUGCGAAGACAGCGCCGACUGCGAGGCCGUCAGCCCUCUCAUGGAGUGCCGGGACGCCUUGUGCGAGUGCAUCGGAGGAUACGUCGCGCUCAACGGAACGUGCUCGUUGCCGUCGCCCUCAUCUGCCGCAGCCACCACAACGCCAACCGCUUCCCCAGCUCCAAAGGUGGGAGAUCCGUGUGAGGAGACGAUGGAUUGCACGGAAGUGGACAAAAACCUGGAGUGUAGGAUCAACCGAUGCGAGUGCAAGGACGGGCACCACCUUGAUGGCGAGCUCUGCAAGCCCCAGCCCAAGACUGCCGUUAUUUACAAUAUUGACGAAGUGGAGCAGGAACGUCGUAAUCUUUCUUCCAAACAUCCAGAUCCUCCGCCCACGCGACGGCCGUCAGUGCUCGGCGACUGGUGCUUCCAAGACGAGGACUGCGGAGCAGCCGACGCGAACUCGGAGUGCUUCGGGGGAGUGUGCUUGUGCAAGCAGGGCUACGUUCCGGAGAACGGCCGGUGUGACGUAGAUAAACUCUUCUACAUUGAAGACAGUAUAAGGAAUGAAUUCUCUCUAGAGAGAAAAAUGGAUAAACCGCCGCACCUGGGUGACUGGUGUCUAGACGACCUCGACUGCGCGCUUACAGACGACAACAUGGAGUGCUUCAGCGAAGUGUGCCUCUGCAGGCAGGGCUACGUGCAGCGCGAAGGGCUGUGCAAGAAGGAAAUCACUCAGCUUUCUUCUGAUAUCCUACUAAGUGCCAAGUGUCUGCAAUUGCCUCCUGCAGACACCCCGAUGUGGUCAGGGGAGAAGGACGUCAUGUCCAAAGUCGGGGGCCUGUGCGAGGAGAGGAGCGACUGCCCGCCCGAGGACUACGUGGAGUGCCGGCGGGGCUACUGCGAGUGCGUUGACGGCUACUUUGAAAGCGAAGGCAAAUGCAGGAGGAAGAUAGGUAAAAUUGGGGCUGCCUGUAAUGAAGCCACGGACGUGUGCUACUUGGAAGACGACGACGGUGACGUCAAAACAGCGUGUGUGCAAGGGAAAUGUCAAUGCAAGCAGGGAUUCUUUCUGGCCAAUGGCAGAUGCAAGAAACGAAUAAAACUGGGAGCUAGCUGUGAAAAUGACAGAGGCUGCUCUAGCAUUUCACAUGCAAAAUGUAAUGACGGAAAAUGCAUCUGCAAAGAAGGUUAUGGGCCAAUGAACAAUAGAAAUUGUGGAAAACGAGUCGGCGAUCGCUGUGAUGACGGCGUGUGCGACGCUCUCAAUACCCAGUGCACAAAGAGAAGCACCGACAGAAAUGAAGUCAGUGUUUGCGUUUGCAAGAGGUUACACCUGUCUAGUAGUAACAGAACUUACUGCUAUACAUGGCCCACGAGCAUAGGUGAUCUGUGUGACCAGACGCCCUACUGCAAGUUCCUGGGAGAACAUGUCGAGUGCAUUCAGGGCAGGUGCCUGUGCCGAGAAAACUUUGCGUUUCAGAACGGCAUUUGUGUGGAGAAAGUCCAUCUUUCGAGCAAAUAAAAUUUGUAUUCUUAAGAAAAAAAUAGUGGUUUUAUUAAAAAGGUGAAAUCAUUUGAAUGCAAAUUUCAAAUAUUAACUGAAUUGUAUAUUUUUGAUACGUAUACUUUGAAAAUCACUUAGAAUUCCCGUCUAGUAUUUUCAUUUUUAGUUUAAGUAUUCAGAGUGCGAGCUAGCAAUUUUCUCGUGGGAGGUGUUUACAUCUUGAGGGGGUAUCAGCAAGUUGACGAGUAAAACGAGGACCAUCUUAGACUACGUAGUACAGUCUGAAAAAUCCUUAGAAUGCACUUGGGUUUCCGUAUUUGGAACAUUUCAAAGGGUGGAAAUUGUAAAUGAAGUGCCCAAAUAUGGAUUAAUUGUAUCUUUGACAGGUACAAAUUAAUAUUUUUCCAGCAAAUGCUCUCAAAUUGUCUACGGGGACGAUCCCCAGCAAUUCGCACUCUUUAAGAACAUUACAUGAUUUGAUAAUAUUAUUUUUGUUACGUGUGUAAAAUACACUUCUGUGUAUAUAAUACUUCAUUAUAGAAUACUUAUUGCAAAUUCAUUGUACGAAGUAAUUGUAUUUAUAAAUAUAUAUAUAUGCAUUUCAAUAUACUUUACAUUUUUAAUUAACUGAAAUUUAAUAGAUUAUAAUAUAAUAUAUUACUUGUUACAUAAAGAUGACUGAAUACAUAACCAAAACAGUGCUAAUUUCAAUAUUUUGGGUGUUGAUAUUAUUUAAUGUGAAAAAUGGAUUACAAUGGAAGAGAAUGAUUAAAGUGACCAAUUAUGAUUUUUUAGAUAUUUUCAAUUAUCAAUAUCCCUUAUGUAUAAUUUCAGUACAUUACUGAAAAACGUUUUAAUUAUUUAGUAUUUGUUAUCUUAUAACACCAUUAAGUUAACCACAAAAUUAAUUUGGAGGUACGUUCGUUUAAUAAGAUUACUUCUCUAGUUAUAAUACAGUAAUACUAUUGUACAUUUUUACCCAGUCACUCUGGUGGGAACUUCGAACACUUCGUGGAAUAAGAAAUAUCUUUGUGGACUUGGAAAUAGUUUUAAUAGCAUGUUUUCCAAUGUCGAAAAAAGUGUGGCGUUUCACACGCUACCUCAAGUGCCACUCUGGCAAGAAUGUACCGUUUCCCCUCUGGCUUCUCGUCCGUCGAAAAGGCAAGUGAACGUAGCGGAACGGAGCGAUAUUAUUUCAGAAAUAUAUUAAGAGCUCUACUAAAAAUGGAAGUUGUUACGAGUGGUUUUGAUUAUGUUAAAUGAUAUUAAAUUAUUUGAGGGUAAUUUUAAACUGCAGUCUCUUUUCUGCUCUCAUAUAACUAUACUUAAAAAUGGAUUUUUACUUUCCCGUAUACGGACGUAUGUACGGAGUAAUAUACGUAUUAUAGGAAAAGUUAUGAAAUGCUGCGGAAAAUAGAUUUCGAGAUUUCAACAGAAAUACACGUUUUGGGAUCCCCUGAUACCGAAAAAGUAUUUUUU